AUGUCGUUUCCACCAGCGAUGUUGGUUCAUCAAACCCGAUAUCCGCCGGCUUCUUCCGGAUCGAAAAGGGAGAGCCAUGUGUUUUUACGUAUGAGUUUGACGAGGCGAAGUACUUCACUGAGGGACAAUGCCAAGUUGAGGACGAGACUGGCGCGAAGGUCGUAG